GAAGGAAAGAGAGAACUGUCCUUGUUGUGCUCCAUUCCAGCUUUGGAUCCAGAAGCUGUGGUAAGUAGAGACUCAGCAAAAAGCGCAGUUUCAGGACAGCAGAGCUGCAGCUUUAACAAGAAUUACAGUGCUGGAGUCAAAUUGCUUUUUUAAGUUCUCCGUCGAACUGAGCUGGAAUGUUUGCUAUGAGAACACAUUCCUGAUCACUCCAUUUGUUUGGAGGACUCUGACGACCUUUCAUCUGUUAGAAUUUUCACAACUGCAUGCCUGAUGUGGCCAGAGCUAAAAUUAACGUCAAAAUUUGACUUUGGCAGUCAGACGCAUUGGCAGGAGUCUGUAUAAAAGCAGAGUAGAAUACAAUCGGAGCACAAAAGACGAUUUGGUCUUUGGAAGCUUAUCCAAUAUUUCCUGGCCAUCCAGGGGUGCUAGAAAGGAGCUGGUGAAGUAGAAUUUUGAGAUUUAAAGUGUAUCUGCCUUCCAUGAGUGUAAAAUCCUGUACUGCCUUCAGAUCUGAGCGUUGCUUUCAUCAGAACACCACUUCCUCCUCUUCUUCUUCGAGUCCGGCUUUGGAUCAGUACAUGGAUAAAUCAAGAGGUCUCUUUGGGGACGAGUUCGAGAAGUCCUCAAUCCUCCAUGGAAACUUUUUGAGGCCCCGGAGUGAGCAACUUGGAUAUUCAGGCCGCCCCGGAAGUAUGGGGAAUGUAAAGACCAUGGGAGACAAUUACCAGUUCACAGUAGAUGUGAGUGACUUCUCACCUGAAGAUAUUAUUGUUACCACCUCUAAUAAUCAGAUUGAAGUUCAUGCUGAAAAGCUUGCUGCAGAUGGAACUGUCAUGAACACAUUUACACACAAAUGUCAGCUACCAGAUGAUGUGGAUCCCACCUCUGUGACUUCCGCCCUGGGUGAUGAUGGGACGCUGACGAUUAAAGCAAAGAGGCACCCAGCCAAGCACACUGAACAUGUGCAACAGACUUUCCGAACUGAGAUUAAGAUCUGAGCAGGCAAGGGAUGAGGGCUAUGUUAUGGUAAUGCUGGGUGAUGUUUGAUAAUGCCAGUGGUAGUGCUUUGGUCAUGCAGAUUAUUGCAUGUGCUGGUGUCUAAUUCACACCUCACCCUGCCAACAUACCAUUGUAAAAUAUCAUCUCAACUCUUGUAGGCAUGGAAAUAUUGAGCAAAGCCUGUGCAAUAAGAUAUUUGACACUUUCUAUCACAUUAUUUAGUAAUUCCAUUUAUAUUAUGUAUCCAUGACUAAUCUACAGCUAAAGACAGUGGCAGACUUGUUUGAAUGUCUUCUUGUUCCAAAAGGAUUGAUGCUUUCUUCACACGGAGACGACAAAGUGUGUGAAUGGUCUUGUAUUGUAAGGUAGAAUAGAUCAGAAACAUCGGUUGAUUAUUUUAUCAGUUGACCCCUCUUAGGUUUAAUUUUCCUGUGUAAUGUGGUCUGUAAAUAGGUUUGCAUCAUAAUGCUGUAUUUUUGUUCUUUGACAAGAGAUUAAUUUCUGUCACUUAGAUGAGUGUGUAAGAGUGUAUGCUGCUAUUAGGGAAAUGGUUUCAGAACACAAGAAUAUAAAACUCCUCGGAAAUAGGAAAGGACCAUUUGGUCCAAUAGCCCUGCCCUUUUAUCACUGAUUAAAUGAAAAGUUAUAUAAUAUGGACAAAAUCUCCUAAUCUUCACAUAAGGCACAAUACUGCAUUGCCUAAUUGCAGUCAUACUUAUAGUGUAGGACAGGGUACUCCUCUAAUAUAUUUAAAAUGGCAAGUUUGGAAAUGAAUCUUCUGAGAUGCUAGAGUACGCACCCCCACCUCCCCACCUCACUUUGCCUCCACAUUCCCUCUCCCCACCCCAUAAAACACAGCCUCCUAUUUGUGGAACGUUGCAGUGUUCACAUUAGUUCCUACAUUUCCCGAAAUUAAAACAGAGACUACACUUCAAAAUAUAAAUGCUUCAUUGGCUGUUUAAGGGCUUGCGAAGCCCUGAGGUCGUGAAAGCUGCCAUAUAAAUGUAGGUUUGUACUUUCUUUCUGCAAUACACUAGCCUUCCAAUCACAGCUGCACUUAUCUUGUGAAUAUCCUAAUGCUUUGAUUGGAUACUUGGCAGACUGUUACAGGCAUUUAUUCCUUUAUUUUGUAUCAAGUUUAUUCUCAUCAUUUAAAUUAUUCCUCUGGUCUUAAUUUCUUGGAGUAGUGCAGAUUAGUAUUCCACUUUUAUACUGCUUAUACCGUUUAAUAAAAUAUGCCUUGAUGAGAAGGUCCUUGACCAUCUUCCCUCUGAAAUAUAAAACUUCUUUCAAUUUAUAGAUCAUUCCCUCAAUACCACAUGGUUUCCCAGGUGCCAUGAGCUUCUCAGCAUCUCACUCUAAACAUGAACACAUAUUGUGCUGGGAACACAGAUAGGCCUUACUGUGUAAUGGCACUAGGCUUUAUUUUUGACACAGCAGAACACAAUUUUUCAGAUUCAACCUUACUACUUAGAAGAAUUUUAAUCAUCAUUGUUGAGAAAGCAUCGGGUCAUUGGGAGAUUUCAUGAAAGUACAGAGUGAAGUUUCAGGACUUAGAGGUUUUCUGUGACUUUACACUUGAGACAUUCAUUAUUAAUUAAGGUUCUUGAGGCUUCUCCAUUAUUCCCACCUCAUGUAUGAUUUAAACAAGACAAUGUGAGCAACACCAGAUUGUGUUAUGCCAUUCUCACGUAGAUCGUGCAUUCUUUGUCAACAACAUUUGGCCUCUUUUGGACAUGUUGUAAAGGAAAGAACCAUCGAUCCAAUGCUGAUACUAACCUCCUGCUGCUGAAGAUCUUGUAAUGGCAGUUUUAGCGAGGUCACCCAUUGAAGCAAACAAUCACUGGAGUUAAUUUCAACAGGAACAGAAAGAAUAGGUGCAGGAUAAGACCAUGUGGAUGCUACAUUUUCACACACUAUUGAAUAUCCCUUUUCCUUUGUCUCCAAAAAUCUUUCAACAAACGAGCAUCCAAAGCUCACUGGGGGAAGAGAUUUCCAUCCAUUUAAUUGAAGACAUUUCUCUUCAUCCAAAUCCCAAAUAGCCAAUCAUUCAUUUUUAACUUUGUGUGCCCUAGUUCACUCCCUAGCCACAGGAAACAUUCGCUCAGCACUUAAAUGUGUAUGCUUAAAAACUUUUGACAGAUAGAACAAUGUUAAUGAAUCAUGGUUGUUUGAGAUUUAAAUUGAAUCUAUAAAUGCCUUUGAAUCCACACGCAGUUAAGAACAUGCUACUUUGGAAAAGAUCUUAUUAAAAGUUCUUGAUUGCACAUUUUUAUCCCAUUCUAAUGUUUCCCACACUUAUAGUCACUACUGGUAUUGGUGUUACUUUUUAAAAAAUGUAUUUCUUCUUUCCUAAUAUUGCUAAUAGAAUUCCACUGUCUUUGUGUUAUAAUAAAUAAAUAUACUCCAUUCUGA